GUAUACAAUGGCGGAACUGGAGUCGAAAUCCUCCGCAUUUUUAUUAGUAACAGGUCCACGCAGCUCUGCAUCAAGCGACGUUUGCUCGGAUUCAGUCAAAAUCAGUGACGACUUUCUAAAGAGCCAUGUUAAUCCCGAUCGUUAUCAUUCAUUUGAUGACGUGAGGUCAGCCAUAAGGCAGCAAGGGGUGAAAACAUGCAACGUUAUUUUCGCAAUUGACUAUACCAUCAGCAAUGAGACAAGUGGCAGCAAAACAUUUGGUGGAAAAAGUCUACAUGACUUAUCGGUUGUAAAUCCAUAUCAAAAGGUGAUAACUGCAAUCGGUGAAACAAUUGACCCAAUGAGAGGAGAGAAUAAAACCAUUAAUGCAUUUGGCUUCGGAGACAAUGAAGUCAAAGACAAACGUAUAUUUCCGCUUAGUCAGGAACCUUGUUCUUCAUUUUACGACAUUCUGUGUGCUUAUAAAACUAAAACAAAAGAUAUCAAGUUCGGUGGUCCCACAAGCUUCGUGCCCGUUUUAGAAGAGGCAAUACGCAUAGUAAAGGAAACGGGCAAGUACCACAUACUUAUAAUAGUUGCCGACGGUCAAGUCACCGAAGAGCACAGCAGUCUCAAGGCAAUCAUCGAAGCCUCUGACUAUGCCCUCUCUAUUGUGGUAAUAGGCGUAGGAGACGGGCCAUGGGAACUUAUGGAAGAAUGGGAUGACUUGGAGAAUUUCAACAACAAAGUAGCUGAACAAGGAUUAUCUAACAGGAGAUUUGACAAUUUUCAGUUUGUGAAUUACCACAAAAUCACAAACAAGGCGAAGAAUCCCGAUAUUGCACUAGCACUCGCCGCGCUAAUGGAAAUUCCUGAUCAGUAUAAAUUUAUCAAGGAAAACAUAUUAGUUAAUGUUUAAUGUAUAUCAAGGAACACACAUUGGUAAAAUAUUGGUAAAUGUUUAUAAAAAAACACGAAAAUUUUUCAAGGAAAAAAAAAUGUGAUUGUUAAAUACACAACAAGCAAAACAUAGUGCUUAAUGUUUCAUACACAGAAAAAAAGUUUAUGAAGGAAAGCCUUUUGGUAAAUUUUAAUACACAGCAACAAAAUUUAGCAAGAAAAACUUUUUGUUUCAUGUUUAAUGGAGGAAUACAUAUGAGUGAAUGGUAAAUGCUCAGCAUUAAAGUUUUUCAAGGAAACACUAUGGGGCUAAAUUUUAGCGAACAUCAACAAAGUUUAUCAAGAAAUUCCUCUUGGUUAAUGUUUAAUGCACAGUAACAAUUUUUUUUAACAAACACCUAUUGGUUAAUGUGUAAUACACAGAGCCGCUGUUUAUAAAGGGAAACUUGUUGGUUAAUCUUUAAUGCGCAGCAACAAAGAUUAUCAAGGAGAACCAAUUGAUAAAUGUUGAAUGCACAGCAACGCAUAAGUGCGAGUUUACAAGUUUAUUGACUUGUUUAGCAAAAUUGAAAAUAAGACAUGUCUCAAAUAUCAUGACAUCUUGUAAAGUUAUACGUUGUUUUAUGGCUGUGAUAUACAUAUGCAAAGUUUUACUUUCAGUUAUUUUUUCACAUAUUGUUUCAUCUACUCGUCAUCGUUUCUGCGUGUACGGAGUUAUAUAUAUAACUAUUUGUUAAGUUA